AUGACACAGAAAGUCGACUUGGGCCGAAGCCUGCUGCGAGUCCAUGACUCGCAAUUGCAACUGAGCUUGACCACCUUCGCACAAUUUAGUCAGUCUCCGAGUCACGGUACUACCACCCUAUCGCCAGAGUCAAAACUCCAGGAUAUCUGGAUGACUGAAGCACCCGAGCUGGAAUUGCGAUUCUUCAUUGGCAGUAAUGGGGUCUCAGUCUCGGAUGAUGCGGUGGCCUCUUUCGUCUCAAGGCUGGAGCCACGACUUUGUGGUCUGAAUAUCUGGUCGGAUGUCGGCUUCUCUGCUAGGCUCGAGACGGAGGAACGCAAAGGUGCAGAUCUCGGGAAUAGUAACAACCCUGGGCCUCAUUCUAUCAAGCUCGGCUUGCGCAGAGUCCCUGGUAGAACAAUCCACAGGAGACGUUGUACGUUGCCCGUCAUGAUGAUCAAUGCCCCCAACGCAUGUCCUCCGCCUGGGAUACCGGCACUUAUCCUGACCUCCCUUGACAUCCGCCUAGAGUAUGGUUCUCAUGCUGAGAACGCGAGCCAUCCACAACACUCCAAUUUUGAUACAGAUCUCUCUGAGCAAGAUCUGUCGAUUUUUGCCGUGAUACAAGCUCUCGACGAAACAAUGGACCACAUCAUUCCUGCAUCGGAGUCUGACAAUCCUAUGUCUCGAGCAACACAAGGUGAGACCUUGUUUCAAUUUUCCAGGACGCACACUUCACAGAGGGGCUUUCUACGGUUGUUUGACUUUGGGAUACAACAGCUGGUCAUCUCCAACACUAUCAAGGAUUCCGCUUGUUACAUUUCAAACCAAUCUACAAGAAAAAGCUUAUCUACCCUAGUUCCUGGGGUGUUCAAUCCGGCAUAUCGAGAAGCCAUGAACCAACGAGCAGUGUCAAUCCCGAGCAUUACAAAAUCUAUUUCAUCCAUGAUCAAGGAAAGUGAUAAUAAUACCAUCCGAGAAAAAGCAACAGACCUGCUACAUACCGAAUUAUCAAAUUCGGAUGACUUUGCGAUAAACGCGGAUUCUGCGAGUUUCAGAUCUGCAAUCCAUUCCUCCCUCUGGAGAAUUGCGCAGGAGGAUCUUCGCAAACACACAAUUUCGAUGAGGAGAAUAUGGGUAUCUCCCACAGAUGUCUUGCCACUAGAAAUAGGGCCAGAGGAUUCAACGGGUGCCUCGAUUACACACUCUCAGCAGCCUAGCGUUGAGUUCCCCAUUCCAAGCCAUAUUCUCGAUACACACCCAAGGAAGGUGGACAACAUAGGGGAUGAAUGGAUAUUGGAUGAAACCGAUCUCGAAAGUGAUUUUGAGGCCCUUUCUAUAGGGCAUGACAGCGAGACAAGCCCAGACACCAGUAAUAACACUCAAACUUCCCUGGACGGUUCAUACUCCACCAUUGAAUCUUCUCAACCUCUUCGCACGAAAGAUGACAUGUUGUUUGAUCAUGAACAUGGAGAUAUAUUUAGCGACUCACAUGCCGUAGUGGGACAUGAUCAUUCCUGGGAAGUUGCGGAAUAUAUUGGCUCUCCCGAUUCUGAUGUUAUGCUGGAGGAUUUCUUUUAG